CUGCUCUCAAUGAAGGAGACGAAGGCGACGAUACUGCUGCUCUCAACGAAGGCGACGAUACUGCUGCUCUCAACGAAGGAGACGAUACUGCUGCUCUCAACGAAGAAGACGAAGGCGACGCUGCCCUACUGCUCUCGACGGCUUUGACGACAUCGUUGCUACUCCCAACGAAGACGACGACCACUGCGCUCUGCUCCCAAGCGACGCCGCCGCCGCUCUCCACUAGAACUCACGCACGGUUUGCUACCCGGGUAAAUUCUCAAUAUUGUUCCAGGGUUUUAUUUUCUUGAAAAUCGGAGAAAAUAUGAGUGGUCUAACAUUUUUAAUACCCCGUAUGUGAUUUUCAAGAGUAGAGAGUUGUUUUCCUCCUCUGCUACCCUUUGGAAUAACACUUGUAAGUGAAUUUGUGAAAUUGAAGAAUACUAUUUUUAGGUUUAAAUACAAGACUAACUCAACGAACUACGUUCUUGGCUCGUUUUUCUUCAUUUUCUCUUUCAGUCAAAUCAAAAGGCAGCAGUGAUUACAAUAAUUACGUCCCACCAGCAGUGGUAGCAAUUCAAGAAGAAAUUUGGGGUCUUCUUCCUUGACCACCAGGCAGGAAAAAGCAGCAUAAAGCCUCUACUAUAUUAUUAUAUAAUCACAAAUACAAAGAGCUUUCUGUUUCUUUUCAUACCCAGUAGAAAAUCAUACAAAACAAAUAUAUAUGUUGAAAUAGUCUGGGUGUAUUUUAUAUACAUACAUAGAUAUUUCCCCCCACCAUGUACAAAGAACCAUUAGCAGGAGACUCUCUUGAUGCCCUUGGAUCAUAUGUCAAGUAUGAUCCCAUUGGCCGUUAUGCUCGUUUGGAUGAACUGUUAGGAAGAGGGGCAAUGAAAAAGGUGUACAAGGCUUUACUCUGAGGUCCAUCUUUUGAGCACUCUCAACCAUGAUUCCAUCAUCAAGUUCUAUACUUCUUGGAUUGAUGUUCCAAACAAGACCUUCAAUUUCAUCACUGAGAUGUUCACUUCUGGUUCCCUCCGAGAGUAAAUAACUAAAUCUUCCCACCAUUUUUAUAGAUCUGUAAUGUGGGAUUCUGUUAUAGUCUGUUUCUUUUGGUUCUUAUUACGAUUUCAAAUUUAAGGUUGACAUGAUAGGAGUAGUCACAUAUUGUAUGCGUCUGUUUGUUGUUUUAUACUUAGCCUACAUGUGACAAACUAUUGAACAUUUGAUGAAAUGGGUAAUUAAUUCAAGAGCUAUAUGCUAUAAAAUCUUGUAAAAAUUAUUAGUUUCUGUUUGGUUCCAAUCAAGAUUGAAAUUUCCUAAUCUUUAGUAUUGGUAAUGGCUGAAUGGAUGUUUUGAUUGCCUUUUGCUCCUCUUUUAGCUGAUUUAACCGAUGAUUUGCAUACACAGUUGGAUCAUAAGAUCAUCGAGAGGCAUAAAGAUGCGUCUUAUGAUGGGGUGGGUGGUGCAGAUACAGGAAGAAGUAUAAGCAAGUAGGGAUAGGAGCCAUAAAGAUAUGGACGCGUCCAAUUCUGAGAGGCCUCAUUUUCUUGCACGGCCAUGACCCUCCGGUGAUCCACAGAGUCCUCAAGUGUGACAAUAUUUUUUCCAAUGACCAUCUAGGACAAGGAGAUAGGUUGUAAAUAAUAAGUGCUCAAUUCACCUUUUGAUAAACUUGGUUUUUGUCUUAUCAUUAACUUUUUAUACUCAACAUUAAUUUUACUAUACACGUUAAAUUGGUUAAUAAUUAAAAUAAAUAUGGUUAAUGUACUUUUUUGUUGAAUUUGUUGAUUUAGUUCCAAAUGUUUUUUAUGCUAUGCUUUAUUUAAAGAGUUUAUUUUGAAUAUAACUUUUUAUAAUUCAACAGAUUUAACAAUGUACUAUGGUGUGCCAUCAACCAGCACGACUAUCACAUGGAAGUUGAAUCCUGAAGAUGAUACCAUCAUUCUUAAGGUGCAGAUUGUUGACAAACAAGGGUCUGUUUAGGAAAAUGCUAGGGGAAGAAAAUGAAGAUAUGGACGCGUCAAAUUCUGAGAGGCCUCAUUUUCUUGCACGACCAUGACCCUCCAGUGAUCCACAGAGACUUCAAGUGUGACAAUAUUUUUGUCAAUGGCCAUCUAGGACAAGGAGAUAGGCUGUCAAUAAUAAGUGCUCAAUUCACCUUUUGAUAAACUUGGUUUUUGUCUUAUCAUAAACUUUUUAUAUUGAACAUUAAUUUUACUAUACACGUUAAAUUGGUUAAUAAUAAAAAUAAAUAUGGUUAAUGUAUUUUGUUGAAUGUGUUGAUUUAGUUACAAAUGUUUUUUAUGCUAUGCUUUAUUUAAAGAGUUUAUUUUGAAUAUAACUUUUUAUAAAUCAACAGAUUUAACAAUGACUAUGGCGUGCCAUCAACCAGCAUGACUAUCACAGGGAAGUUGAAUCCUGAAGAUGAUACCAUCAUUCUUAAGGUGCAGAUUGUUGACAAACAAGGGGGUUAGAAAUGUGUAUUUUCCAUUUGACAUUUUAAGCGACACACCAACCAAAGUUGCAAACGAAAUGGUGAAGGAAAAGUCAUUCUGGUCAGUAUCAUGUAGUGCUUCAUCCCAAGGGUCAGUUUCAGGUUUGAUCAUUUCUCAAGAGAUGGAAGGGAAAAGCCACCACCUAUGGUUUAGAGAUGAAAUGUAUGACGAAACGACGUCGCAGAGGUCAUCACACUCAGGAAACUAUUCAAACCUGAAUUACCAAUCAGGACUCAGGAGAGGAGAGCAAUCAAAGUUUGAGCCCGAGAACACGGAGCCAUCAGCAGGAAGCCAACAACAUUAUAAUUUGUUGUGAACUCAUAGUUUUAGUGAACUCAAAGUUAGUUUUUUUUAUGAAUGUUGUGAACUCAUACCUAGUUUUUGCUGAAUAUUUUUGGAUCAAGACAAUGUGAAUGUGAAAUGUUAUUAGUUAUGAGCAUGAUAUGUGUUUACUUUGUUGCGAUAAAUGUUCCUAUGAUGAUGUGUGCAAA